CACUCGGAUGUAUAAUAUGUGUGGUGGUGUUUAAGACAAAUUCAAAUAUGGGGUUAACAUUUCUCGGGUGUUUUAAGAAUUUUGCAUUUAAAUAAUUAUUCUCAAACCGCCCUGUCUCAUGAAUAAAUAGUAUAAUCAACAGCUGUGUAACUAGAAUAAAUUUUAUUACUUUUUGUUGUUACAUUACAAGUACUUCGUACUAGACAUGCAUGUAGUUUAUGCUAGCUAAUACUCCGUACAUGUUAUUAGAACUUAUUUCAAAGUUGUAUGAAUGAUAUGGAAUUGAUUUAACCGCGUACAUAUAGGACUAAUAUUACUUAAUGCAAAUGGUCCGUGCAUAACCUGUAGCCUAUAUAUUGUAUUGAAACGUGCACAUCAAAUUGGUUAGAACAAUUGACAAGUUUGUUUGAAUAAAUAUUGUCCUAACUGAAUACAAGAAAUAGGAUUUUCUACUGUAUUGAACCUAGGACAAGAUUAAGGAAGAUAACUAAACUAUGGUUUUAACCUAGAACAACUAACCGUAAAAUAAUGUCAUUCCAUUUUUUUCUGAAAGUCAAUCCCUUUACUUUUUGCAUCUUCUGGGGUUAUAAAUACACCCCCAAACCCCAUAUCUAAUCCCAACCUAACAGUCCACUCCUGAAAUUUGGACUAAGUUAGUGCAAACCUAGGAAUAAUAUGGGUGAAGUUAUCCUACCAUUUAUUCUAAUCAUUCUUGUUUAUGCAGCUAGUGCUACCAAUCCUGUUCCUAAAGGUCUUUCUUAUAACUUUUAUGACAAAACUUGCCCUCAACUCGAAGAUACUGUAAGAGCUGCCCUUAAUCCUGUCUUUAUUACUGAUCCCACUACUGCACCUGCUCUGCUUAGGCUCAUGUUCCAUGACUGCCAAGUUCAGGGUUGUGAUGCAUCGAUUCUGAUCGAUGUUUCAGACUCGGCCCCCUCAAAGCCAUCAGAGUUGGGAGCAAAAAAGAACUUUGGUAUUCGAAAGAGGGAAUUGAUUAAUCAAAUAAAAUCAAGGCUUGAAAUAGAAUGUCCUGGACAAGUCUCUUGUGCUGACAUUAUAGUGUUGGCUGCAAGAGAAUCAGUGGCUAUUUCCGGGGGUCCAAGGAUCAAAGUUCCUUUAGGUAGGAGAGAUUCACUCUCUGCUUCAAGCUCUGAAGUUGCUGAUGCUUCCCUCCCUUCAUCUGAUAUUGGAGUUGAUGAUACCCUUAGCCUUUUUGCCAAGCUUGGGAUGACUACCCAGGAAACAGUUGCUAUUAUGGUUAUGAUUGCAGGGUCACAUACUUUAGGAAUCACACAUUGCUUAAACAUCAUGGACCGAUUGUACAUGCCAUCUAACGCCAAAGCAAGCAGCAUGGAUCCCAGAUUUGAAGCACUCCUGAAAUUCAGUUGUCCUGAGUUUACACCCUUAUCUCAGAAUACAAGUUUUGUGUUUAAUGAUCCUUCAACAUUUAUAUUUGACAAUUUGUAUUACCAGAACUCCUUGCAGCGCCGAGGUGUGCUAAGGAUUGAUGCAGAGUUACCCCUAAACAUUAAAACUGCAGGAAUUGUGGAGCAUUUUGCUGCUAAUGACGACGAUUUCUUUCAAGAAUUUACUUCCGCUUUUUUAAAGUUGUCAUAUGCAGGAGUUUUAACUGGUAAUCAUGGUGUAAUUAGGAGUAUGUGUAACUUUGUAGACAAUUGAGGACUAUAUUGUGUAAUCAUCAAUAGGGAAGUUUCUGUUGUUAAUUUCUGAUAAUUAUGCCAUGUCAAAAGUAAUGUUUUGUGAUGUGUACUGAUUUUAAGAGAAUGGAAAUAUUCAUAAACAAAAGUACAUUGUUUUUU